UCACCGUUUUGAAAUGAAUCAACUACAGGUGCAGCGUUUAACAUUUCGUGGAAUCGUAGUCUACUGAAACCCUGCAAAAACCCUAAUUGUUCUUUUAGUUUGAUUACCAACCAGACAGACGCUCUCGGAGAGAGAGAGAGAGAGAGAGAGAGAGGGAGAUGGGAAGGUCAAGAAGAAAAUACAAGGCAUCAAGGCAUAAGGUUCAGGUGAGUCUCCCUAAGAAGAACCCACGCGUGUUCAAGCCAGCCUUCAAUCUUCCUCCAAAGCUUCGCUCUCUCUCCGACGCCGAUCGCUCCAAAUGGGACGACAAGGCUAGCGUCAUCCAGAACUACAAAUCCUUCGGUGUUGUUUCCAACCCUAAUUUUCUUGGCAUCCGAUCCCGUACUUCUCACAUCAUUGAGACCGAAUCCCUUCAAGUCCCUGAUCCGCCUGCGUGCGAGGGCGCCACAGACAAAUUUGAACCCAUCGAUUCUGGCAGCGAUCUUGAGGAAGACGCUGAAAAAGACUUGGAGUCUCUGAGAGACUGAGUCAAGGCCUAGAAGCGACUCAAGGUUU